UAUAAAAUGAAAACCAAAUCUGAGAAAAAGCCUCCUUUGAAAAAUGCACCGCGUAAAAUAAAUGGUGAGAGUUUUCCAGCUAGGAGGAUACCCGCAAAUGUUCUGAAACGCACGCUUGAAAUCGCCACCAGUCCCGAAGAUGGCUUUUGGCUGAACCAAAACCCAUCUUGUGCUCCUCCGGCCAGUUACGAGUUUUACUUCAGCGUUAGACGAUCCACUGCGUACGAGAAACUUCGACUGGCCCGGAAUUGUCUUAUGCAGCGGGACUAUAAGAAUUUGGCCAAAAUACUCGCCUCCAAUCACUUGGGAGACACGCUGCUUCAAAGGGCCUCCUUCCAAAUAUUCACGGAAUAUUCCAAUGUUCUCCAAAAAUGUCCGAAAUUCUACACAAAAAUGGACCAGUUGCGAGUGGAACCGACCCCUCCACAAGCUGAAAGCCCCACAGUUGGGGAUAAAGCAUUAGACGAGUCAUUAGACGCUAUUCUAUCCUAAUAUUAUAUCAUCUACCCUAUACCCAUUAAUACUCCCAACAAAUCAGACGGAUUAUUGUUUUUGGUAAAAACACAACCUUAUAUAUGUGUAUAUAUAUGUAAUAAGCGUUAUGUUCUUCCUUUUAUUUGACUUACAUAUAAUAUCAAUAUGUUUUAAGGUUUUGCUAAAUAAAUACUGAAACGUGUAUACAAAAUGAGUAAAAAGAAAAA